AUGUCUAAGACACAGCAAGCCAAAGAAGCCAAUGCACCUCUCAUGAGGGAAAGAGAAAAUGAGGAGGCUAUACAUGUACAGGAAAAUAAGCGCCGUAAAAGGCGUAUUAUGAAAGUUGCUGUUUACAUGAUGUUUGGUUUAAUAGUGGUUGGGGUUUUUGCGGUCUGGUUGUUUCAUAAGGAUAGCAAUGAAUCCAUUUCUAUGGGACCAAAUUUCAAAUUCACGGUGAAAGCUAGGACAUUAGAAAUUCACAAUGAAGAGGGGGAUGUUGUUUUAUAUGCAGAUCUGGGAAUGAGAUUAAAAGCUACACCUUAUGAACAAUGUUGGAAUGAUAGGAUAAACAAAUAUGAAGUCAAUUGCAUAGAUUGGAGAAAAAUGGCCAAGAUUAAUUUCAUAAGAAAUGAAGGCCAGACCAACUCUUGUUAUUCUUUUGUUUGGACAGCAUUUUCUGAAACAUUUGAAGCUGAGGAUUGUUUCUACAUUCAAAGAGAUAAUUGGUAUGGACAUCUUUCAGAUUCUUAUAAAACUUGGCCUAUCAAAGAUGUUCAAAUGCAUAAUGUGUCAUAUUACCCCAAAUAUCCAGAUAAGCUAGAGAAAAACAUUGUGCCCUUCUGGUUAUCAUCUGCAGGUGUUAGUAUUGUGAUCAAUAAUAAUAUUCCUUUCUCUGUUAGUUGGAAUGUGACAGCGCAAAGACAGUUGUGUAUUUCAGCAACUAAGAGCUUCAAAUCUAUAACAGACCAACCAGUGUUGCGUUAUACAAUAUGUCAGGGGGAAGAUAUGCAGCAGACUUAUUACAGAACCAAAGAGUUUCUGGAAAAAUAUUUAGAAAAAAUACCUGUGAUUCCAGAGAUUAAUAGUGUUACACCUUACCCUGUUAAUUAUGUGUCAAAUAGCGGAGACAUUGACAAGUUAUUAAGUGACUCGAGAAUUCUCAGUAAUGCAAAAUGUACAUAUUUUGAGUUGUUCAAUGAUUGGGAAAAAGAGUAUGGAGAUCUAGUUAUCAAGCCUGAGCUUUUAAGCAAACUUAGAUCUCUUCAGAUUACUCUGAGAAAUCAUGAUUGCAAAUUUAUGGUACCAGUCAGUGCCUUUUUUGCAUUCAGUUCCAAGAACUUUGAUGUUGGUAUUUCUGAAAAGUAUUUUGUACGUGAUGAAAUGAAUUUGGUUAGUAAAUUAUUAAAUUGGGAUGGACAUGAAGGUGCUGUCUUAGAUAUAACUAAUCCUAAUGCAACACAGUGGUACAAUAAUCAUUUACAGUUAUUACUGAGUGAAAUUGAUAUUGGAGCAUUCAAAUUACUCCAUGUGGACAUACCAACUUUGAUAACAUUUCAAGAUAAAAAUGCUUCUGUUCUGGAUUACCCCAAGUUCUUUGGUAAGAUGUUAUCCGAUUUAAAUGUAACUUUAGUUUCUGAAAAUGUUGCUGGAUUUAUGUUAAAUGAAAUACAUGUUGCAGUACAACCUAUCAUGAAUGUAUCAGAAGAACACCAUUGCUUUAAUGGUCUGAUAUCGAAUACGUUUUUAUUAGGUUUAGAGGGCUAUUCACUAAUAAUAGCUAACGGAGAAAUACUAACGAAAUUUGAUGUGUCUGAUGAAUUGCUGACUAGAUGGUUACAGCUUGUAAUAUUCUAUCCUGGAAUCAGACUUCCUGUGUUUCUUCCCAACCUGGAAAAUGAUGUGAUGAAGAAAAGAUUUUACAACUUAUCCAAAUUAAGAAAUGAGUUUGUGAUCCCAUAUUUAAGGGAAUUACAAGAGAAUCAAAGUAAUGAUCCUUUAAUAAGACCAUUAUGGUGGAUUGAUCCACAGGAUUCGAUAGCUCAGACUAUUGAUGAUGAAUUUUUAGUAGGUGAUAAGAUAUUGGUAACCCCAAUAUUAUGUGAAGGUGAUGUAAAACGUCAGGUAUAUUUACCAGAAGGACUUUGGAAAGGUCCUACUGGUAUGGUAGAAGGAAAUCUUCAAAUGAGUAACACAGUGUCUAAAUUUAAGCUCUGUGGCAGCUACCUCAUCAGAAUCAGAAGUGAUCUCUAA